AUGGCCGUGUCGCCUCUCUACCGCGCUCUUCUGCGGCGACAUAUCCAGUUCCUGCGCCCAAAGCCCGGGGCAGGCCAGCGCCGCCCGAAGUCCUCGAAGCCCCAUGCGCCAGAGAAGGAGGACCCGGUCCCUGUACCCAACACCGUCGCAGCUCUCCCCCUCUGGCAGCGGCUGGGUCCGCUGACCAGGCUGGCUCAGGCAUAUGCGCGUGCACAACGACGAAGGCCGUACGUGACACAGGUGUGCACGUCUCUGGUCAUAUAUUUCUGCGCAGACCUGUCUGCCCAGCGUAUCAGCGGCAAGGACUAUGACCCAGUGCGGACGGUGCGCUCGCUAUUGAUUGGGGGCAUAUCCUCGAUCCCAAGUUACAAGUGGUUCCUCUUCCUCUCGCAUAACUUCAACUAUGCCUCGCACUUCGUUUCGCUCGGUACCAAAGUCGUCGUGAACCAGCUGUGCUUCACGCCUAUCUUCAACAGCUAUUUCUUCGGCAUGCAGGCGCUGCUGGUAGGCGACACUCUGCCUGAAGUCUGGGAGCGCAUCAGGCGCACUGUGCCGAUCAGUUUCGUCAACUCGAUGAAGCUGUGGCCCGCGGUGACGGCCUUCAGCUUCACAUUCGUGCCGAUCGAGUACCGCAGCGUGUUUGCGGGGGUCAUCGCGGUUGGCUGGCAGACAUAUCUGAGCUAUCUCAACCGCCAGGCCGAGGAAGAGGAGGAGUCGAGGAAGUUCGGCGGAGGAGAGCCACGCGUGCUAGAGAAGAUGGCGGCAUAG